ACCGUCACUGUUGAGGCACAAAAAGCUGCUGGAGAUCUUCGUGUUUGGUCCGUAAGCAGGCGAUUCUCUGAGUUCGUUCGCCUUCGAGAAGCUCUUGAGAAACUGCAUCCAACAUGCUUACUUCCCGUUCUCCCCAAUAAAAUGGAUGGUGCUAAUGCUUCUUGGCACCGCUUGACUGCUCUACUAACUGGUGAUGAUCUUAUCAGCAAAUUAUCUAUGAGCCGUCUCACGCCUUGGUCUUCAAGCCAAUCGCAUCUGUCUACUCCAAAUUGCUCCUUUUUUUCAGAUCCUACAGCGUCAUUAUUUAAUUCGUCAGAAUCUAAUUUUCGUAUGCUUCCAGGUGCAAUAUCUGGUCGCCGGUUUUGCAUAAAUCUUAUUGAAGCCAGACGGGUUGCUUUGGAAAUAUUUCUUAGGCGUGCUCUAGAACAUCCCCGACUCGGAUGUGAUCCGCUCUUGAUUUCCUUUCUAUGUGAAGAUAAAAGUUGGCGGUACAGCUUUAAGCCAUGUUUGUCAAUCAGCGCCUAG